AUGGACGUUAGGUUUUACCCCUCCGCCCCCACCGCCGUGGGUUCCCUGCCCGGCGCUGACCCCCCCUGCUUGGGGCCGCUGGAUUAUUAUCACUGCAACAAGUUUGAUGGGGAGAACAUGUACAUGGGAAUGAACGACAAUACCCAGGAGUUUCUAUCAGCAAAUCAGACAUACAAUGGUCAGAAUGAGAAUAACGAGGACUAUGAAAUCCCACCCAUAACGCCUCCCAAUCUCCCCGACCCUUCACUCCUGCACUUGGUGGACCAUGAAACUGGAUAUCACUCCCUGUGCCACAGCCUGCCUCCGAACAGCCUGAUACCCGCCUACCCCUACCAGAACAUGGACCUGCCAGCCAUCAUGGUCUCCAACAUGUUGAGUCAGGACGGGCAUCUUCUCUCCAGCCAGCUACCCACGAUCCAGGAGAUGGUGCACUCGGACGCCACGUCCUACGAGUCCAACCGGCAAGUGCCCCUGCUCAACCGCCCUGGGAUGCUGGCCGGGCCCAUGAGCGCGCUCAGCCAGUCGCAGCUGAUUUCUCAGAUGGGGAUGCGGAGCGGUGUCACCCACGGCUCCCCUUCGCCCCCGGGAAGUAAGUCUGCUACACCAUCUCCCUCCAGUUCUACUCAGGAAGAGGAGACAGAGUCACAUUAUAAGGUCACUGGAGAGAAAAGACCAUCGACAGACCUGGGCAAAAAGCCCAAAAGCCAAAAGAAGAAGAAAAAGAAGGAUCCCAAUGAGCCCCAGAAGCCUGUGUCAGCUUACGCCCUGUUUUUCAGAGACACGCAAGCUGCUAUCAAAGGGCAAAACCCCAAUGCUACCUUUGGAGACGUAUCGAAAAUUGUUGCAUCAAUGUGGGACAGUUUGGGAGAAGAACAAAAACAAGCAUAUAAGAGGAAAACAGAAGCGGCGAAGAAGGAGUAUCUGAAAGCCCUGGCCGCAUACCGGGCCAGCCUGGUCUCCAAGAGUUCUGCCGACCAGGGGGAGACGAAAAGCGCCCAGCCCAACCCACCUUCCAAGAUGAUCCCGCCCAAGCAGCCCAUGUACCCGAUGCCCCCGCAGGCUUCGUCGCCCUACCCCGGCCUGGGCUCCUUCCUGUCCCCGUCGGACCUGCAGAGCUACCGCGGCCACCCCCACCCCAGCCUGCCCCGGACCCUGCCCUCCAAGCCCAUGCUGCCCAGCAUCAGUGCCUCCCCGCCGCCCGCCUUCCAGAUCAGCCCUCCCCUCCACCAGCAGCUCUCCUUGCACCACCCGCAGAGCUCCCUCCUCAGCCAGCCCCUCAGCAUGCAGCAGGUCCCCCAGCAGCCCCUCCUGUCCCCCCCCAUGGCACUACAGGUACAGCCCCCCAUGAACUCCUCGCCUCCCGGGCAGCAGGACUUUUCGCAUAUUUCGUCUGAGUUUCAAAACAGCGUUGGACCCCGUUCGCCUGGUGCAUCAAAUCCUCCAGGAAGCACUGAGUGGGACAGCGACUACCCCAGCAGAGAGUGUGGGAUCAACCAUUGCAGCAUGCUGCCAAGGGACAAGGCGCUCUACCUCACCUAA